AUGUUAUCACAGGAUUUACAGGGAAUUACUGAGUACUCCCAGAGAAGAGGUUAUUCAUCCACCCCAGGACCGUCACAGAACCCUCUUCUCUCCCUAAGUCAUUCACGCUACGGACUACCGGAGCGCCUUGUUCAAAAUUUUUACACUCUCGGAGUAAGAAGCAUCUACCCUUGGCAAAUGUCUUGUCUAAUGGGACGCGGUUUACUGGAAGGAGAAAAAAAUCUCGUUUACACUGCUCCUACAGGUGGAGGCAAAUCUUUAGUAGCAGACGUGCUAAUGCUCAAACGAAUAAUUGACAAUCCUGGGCAAAAGGCAAUUCUUGUGCUGCCGUAUGUGGCUCUGGUGCAAGAGAAAUCACGCUGGCUCAGAAACUUAGUUGAAGGGGUAGAAAAGACCUCUAAAAAUGGCUCCCAAGAAGACCUCUCCCGUCGUAGAUGGCGCAGAAGGGGCGACGAGGAAUCUAUAAGGGUAGUCGGACUGUUCGGAGGGAGUGUCAUAAAGUCUACUUGGGACGAUAUGGAUAUUGCCGUUUGUACCAUAGAAAAGGCAAAUUCGCUGGUCAAUUCUAUUGUAGAAGAAUGUACUGCGGACCGACUGGGCGUCGUCGUCAUGGACGAGUUGCACAUGAUUGACGAUGAUCACCGUGGCUAUCUAUUGGAGCUUAUGGCUACAAAAUUGCUCACCAUGGGACAAAAUGUGCAAAUCAUUGGAAUGAGUGCUACUUUGCCGAACACCGAGCUCUUGGCAAGAUGGCUUGGCUCUAAGUUUUACCAGUCGAGAUAUAGACCGAUUCCGAUUGAGGAAUAUCUAGUCUACGAUAACGCGAUUUAUCCGGCCUCUACCUCAAGCAAUUUCCUCAAGACCGCAAGUCAGCUUAGCAAAAGUGGGGUUAACGUGUCGCUGGAGCAAUGUCGAAUAAUCCAGCCCUCCGAGCACAUUGAGCUCAAGGAUCCAGUUAACAAUGCCGUUGUUGCGCUGGCGUUGGAAACUGUCCAAGCCGGAUAUGGUGUGUUAGUCUUCUGCGGGAGCCGUAAAGGCUGUGAGACGGAUGCUGCACUUAUCAGCGAGGCUAUGCCGAUCGAGGAAGUGUCCGAGGACAUUCUCAACAAAAGGACGGAUGUCAUUCAUGAUUUGCGUAAUACUGCAGCUGGACUAGAUAUGUGCCUGGAGAAAACGAUCCCGCGAGGUGUAGGAUUCCACCAUGCUGGAUUGACAACGGAGGAACGAGACAUUAUCGCCAAUGCCUACGAUCAAGGUGUCAUAAAAGUAAUUGUGGCUACCUGCAGUUUGGCAGCAGGUGUAAAUCUCCCAGCGCGAAGGGUCAUUCUGCACGGUGCGAGAAUGGGACGCGACUUUAUUGGCCCUGCUAUGCUACGACAGAUGAGAGGAAGAGCUGGACGAAAAGGCAAAGACGAACUUGGGGAGGCGUACAUUUGUUGUCGCAGUCGUGACAUUGAAACCGUCGCGCAGCUCAUGGAGGCUAAUCUUCCAGUCUUGAAGAGCUGUUUGAAAGCUGAUAGGCGUGGAAUAAAAAGAGCACUGCUUGAAGUGAUUACCACGCGCCUAGCAACAGACCCUGAAGCUUUGAACGAAUACGUCCGGCGUACCCUACUAUAUCACGAAGAUGAGAAUGGUGGCUUAGACAAAUUCAUCGGUUCAACACUUGAUGAGCUUGUCGAGGCUGCAUUAAUUGCAAUGGAGCCGGACGGUACAUUCAAUGCAACGCAACUAGGCCAAGCUACAGUUGCAUCUUCACUUGCGCCCGAGGAUGGUCUCUUCGUGCAUGCGGAGAUUCAAAGAGCGCUUCGCGCAUUCGUAAUGGACGGCGAAAUGCACGUUUUUUACAUGUUCACCCCCAUACAGACGGCAGGUCUAGCAGAUGUCAAUUGGGCCGUCUUCCGGGACGAGGUUGACAAGUUGGAUGAAAGCGGCUUACGUGUUCUUCAAUAUGUUGGAGUUAAGCCUGGCGUGGUCAAUCGAUGUGCAAAUCUUGGCGCGUCCCUGAAGGAAAGAACACAAGAAGAACAGGCAGAAGCUCGCAUAUACCGUCGCUUUUACGCCGCUUUCCAGCUUCGAGACAUUUGUAAUGAGAUGCCAGUGUAUGCUGUGGCGAAAAAGUACGACGUUCCGCGAGGAAUGGUUCAAAAUCUAGCCCAGACUUGUCAGGGGUUUGCGGCGGGUAUGAUUAAGUUCUGUCAGCGGAUGGGUUGGGGGAUGUUGGCGGCAGUUUUGGACCACAUGAGCGACAGAUUGAGUGCAGGUGCUCGAGCGGAUCUGCUUGAUCUAGCCCGUGUUACAUUUGUCAAAAGCCGGACUGCGCGCGUCUUUUGGGAGAAUGGCAUCAGGAGUGUGAGGAUGCUGGCAGAUAGCGAGCCAAAGGAACUCAUUCCAAUAUUAUUACAAGCUCAACCAAGAAAAGUGUCCCUGCGGGAUGCCGAGGAAGAAGACAAAUAUCAGAAGAAACUCAUUAUGAAAGCCGAGAUUAUUAUACACUCCGCACAACGACUUUAUGAACAAGACAUGCAGGUGGAGCUGGAAGAGUAA